GGAUCAAUUAUUUAUUGACAUCUCUUCAAUCUCUUGAAUAGUUGGUAAUAAGUUGGUAUUUAUUUCUAGAUAAAAAUAAAAUAAAAGAAAUCAGUAGACUAGAAUACUAGCUAUCAACCUAAAAUACAGGAAGGGAAAAGUGAGUAGAGGUAGUUAUUUCGCCAAGUUCUUAAUGGUACAAACAAUGACAACUGCAGUAACCACUACCCAGAAAAAGGUUGGUACCAGUAAUGCUCCACCAGGAGGCAUGCGGAAAAAAUCGGGGCCCAAGUUCGAGCUCACUGAGGAACAAAGAAGGGACAUAAAAGAAGCAUUUGAUUUAUUUGACACAGAAAACACUGGAAAAAUUGAUACCAAGGAGUUAAAAGUGGCAAUCAGAGCCCUUGGAUUUGAACCUAGAAAAGAGGAAAUAAAAAAAAUGAUUGCAGAAAUCGAUAAAUCUGAUGGCAAAGUAUCAUUUGAAGAUUUUCUGGAGUUGAUGACAGUGAAGAUGGCAGAGAAAGACACAAAGGAAGAAAUCAUGAAAGCCUUCAAACUGUUUGAUGAUGAUGAAACUGGUAAAAUCUCUUUCAAGAACUUGAAGAGAGUUGCAAGGGAACUUGGUGAAAACUUGACGGAUGAAGAACUGCAUGAAAUGAUAGAUGAAGCAGACAGGGAUGGUGACGGUGAAAUCAACCAAGAUGAGUUCUUACGCAUCAUGAAGAAAACAAGUCUUUAUUAGCUAAUAAAUUCAUAUGUGGUCUAUUUUUCAUACUGUACUCUUGGAAGCACAAAUUAUACAUUUUAAAGAGAUUAAGAAGUUGUAGCAGCUAUGAAAAAGGCACUUGCAACAAGAUAUUGGAAUAGUUACCUAUAUUUUUAUACAAGUGUUGGAAAGGAAUGAUACAUAUUGUAAGCACAGGACAAAAUUGAUCUUUGUUAUGGGUCUAAUCUAUGUAUAUAGUUUAAACUACUGUAACUAUUAAGGUAAUCUGAGAACUUUUGAGACAUUCAUAGGUUUGGUUUUAUAAAUACCUCUGAAACAUUGAAUCAGAAUAAAAUUUGUAAUUUAGUACAUCAUUAUCAAGAUCUUGGGUCUUUGUAAAACCACACCUUAGUUGUUUACAUAACCAAAGAAUCUUCAUAAGAAUAAUUAAGGAUUUAAAAUAUCAGAAUCUAUCGAAUUAUAAUAGUGACAAAUAAGUAUUCACCUUUGUGUUUUAGGAACAGAAUUUAUUUAUGUAACUUUUACAAACUUGACCUACUUAAUUAUAUAAUUUAGAAUUGCAUGUUUUCAAAAAGUAUCUUCAUUGUAAAAGUAUCAAACACAUGACAGUUUGUACUUAAAACAUUCCAUAUUCAUAAUUUCAUUGUUCCAUUCAUUUGAUUGUUAAAUUUAAGAUAUUUUAAGCUAUCAUUACUAAUAUUAAUUGUACCUAAGCACUAAUUAUACCAGAUCUGGAAGAACAAACUUAUAUUGUUAUUUUGUAAAUGCAUUGAAAAUGUAGAAUAAAAUAUAUGGCACAUGAUGUUGAGCAUUUUAA